UAUAUAUAUAUAUAUCUCUAUUAAUAAAGCGAAGAGGGUGUUACUGUUCAUCUUUGGGGAAACUUUCGAACUUCCCAUUUUGCCCUUGAUAUUGCCCAUGAUUUACAGAGAAAAUAGAAACUUAGAAAGAGACGGAUGGUUCUGGGGUUUGCCGACACAGAGGAAAAGAGAGGAGACGUGGCUAGGGAUGGUUUAGUUUCGCUCUGAUAGAGAGACAGAUGGUUUCAUUUCCAUACAGUGAUAGACAGAGAGAGAGGGGAGAAGAGCUUAGGCGACGGAGCGGAAGAAGGAUGCGAUUUCCAAUCUGAAACUGAAAGAGACGACUGAUUCGAGAGAGAGAGAGAUCGAUUACACCGCUUUCAUCUUUCGCUUCUGUGUUUCUUCGCUCCAUAGAGAUAGAGAGAGAGAGAGAGAGAGCGAAGAAAGGAAGAAGGAAAAGAAGAAGACAUUUGGGAGAAGACAGAAAAGAGAAGGUAAGCUUGAAUUUUGGGUGUGAUUGAUCGGGUUUUGAAUUUCUUUUGAUUUUGUGAAAUUGAGCUCAUUUGAUCAAAUCGGAGGAUCCGAUUGAGCAAUCAGAGAUAUAUGAAAGACUCCAGUUCUAGGUGAUAGCUGAGAGAGUGAUUUAGAAUAGAAAAGAGAGCAGCAGGCGAAGGAACAGUGAUUUUGGGUGAUGUCACAUCGAUCUCCCAGUUUUGGUAGUUGAUCGAUAGACACAGAGAGAGGGUUCGAUCGAUAGACUAAAGGAGAGAGGGGUAGAGUACCAGUUUGAUCAUAGAAAUGGAAAGAGGCUUUAUCACCUGCUCGGGACAUCAACUUGAAGCUUGAACAGGUGAAGGAAAGUACUACCUUUUAGGCAAUCUGGAGCAGGAAGCAAGGUGAUAUGACAACACCAGCUUAAACUAAGCAACAGCAACAUGUGAAGAUUAUAGAAGAAAGCAUGGAAAAUCAUCAUAUUGCUUGCAGCAUGGUAAAUCAUCAAAGAGAGGGGCAACAAUUUUUAACUUCUUCACAAUGAGCGAAUGGAAAACAUAGAGCUAGCAAAUGAAGUGGAAUCAAUCACCGGUGCUUUGCGACAAGAUCAGGCUUAUGACCAAAGUAUACCACCUCCUAAAAGAGUGAGUCGAAAAGCACAAUGGCAGGCUUCAAUGAGUUCAAAAGAACGAGAUAAUUAUUUGACACGACGACGGGCCAAUUAUCAUUGUCAUCGCGAACAGACAUCAAAUUGUGAAGAUAAUAUCCAUGUUCGAAAGAGAGUGCAUUUAAGCCAUAUAUGGCAGAUGAGUGAUAGCGGAGCUAAUCAGAACGCUACGAACGCUACAAACAGCGAUGAUGACGUAGCAGUCAAUGAAGGAACCUCUGAAAAUGUCGUUCCUCAAAAUGACAGAUCUUAUAAUAGCGGGGUUGCGCAAGUAUGUCGUAGACAGAGACGACGCAAACCUCAUAAUUGUGCCCGAAAUUUUCAUGAAAAUAUUGGAAUAAAAAAGUAUCAUUUGCCACCACCAAAAACAUGUCCAUAUUGUCAUGCCCGUCUGUUUCAUCAUGAAACCAAAGAUAUGUGUUGCUUAAAUGGGAAAACUGUCAUUCCUCCAAUUCAAUCUCCUCCAGAAAUGGUUGAGUUAUUUUCUGCUGAAACUCCACAAGGUGCCCAUUUUAGACAAAAUAUUCGUGCUUAUAACCAUGUGUUUUCGUUUACAUCAAUGGGUGUGCACAUCGAUCAAAGUUUAGCGACUGGUGGUAGUACUUUCACGUUUCGUGCUCAAGGAUCCAUAUAUCAUAAGAUAGGAAGUCUUCUACCAGAUGAAGAUAACAGACCAAGAUUUCUACAAUUGUAUAUAUACGACACAGAUCAUGAAGUAGACAAUCGUAUGUUAGAGAAUGAAGCAUUGCAUAGAGAUGUGGUUGAAAACAUACAACAAAUCUUAAACCGACAUAAUCCAUUUGUGCACGUAUUUCAUCAUCUAGCUCGAUGCCAAGAUUUGGAAACUUGCAAACUCAUCAUUAGAGAGCAACCUGCAAACCAACUUCAAUAUAGUUUGCCCUCAGAGUCUCAAGUUGCUGCAAUAAUAGUGGGUGUAGAUGAUGUAGAAAAUCUGAAAGGUCGUGAUAUAAUGGUACAAACAAGGCAAGGUCAACUUUUAAAUGUCCAAGAUUGUGCAGGCUAUUAUGAUCAUUUACAAUAUCCAUUGUUGUUACCUUAUGGCACAUAUGGAUGGGAUGUGAAUAGUCGGAAUAAUAAUGGUCAAAAAUUGACGUGUCGUGACUAUUAUGCAUAUAUUUUGCAGGUUAAUAAACUAUUCUUCAUUCUCUUAUUGUGA